AUGUCUGACUGGAAGAAUUACAUCAAUAGUAUAUUGAAGGAUAAGAAUGUGGAAGAUGCUGCCAUUGUGGGCCAUGCUGACAACAAGUCCGUCUGGGCUUCAAAACCCGGAGGUGUGCUGGCUGCCAUCUCCCCACAGGAGGUCAGCAUGUUAACAGGACAGGAUCGCAAGGCUUUCUUACAAACUGGCAUCACCAUCGGGGGAAAGAAAUGUUCUGUCAUCAGGGACAACCUCAUGGUCAACAAUGAUGGAGUGAUGGAUGUGAGGAUGAAGGGCGGUCAAGGCAAGAGCAUCUGCAUCGGGAAAACCAUCAAGACAAUGGUGUUUGUGAUGGGCAAAAAGGGUGUUCAUGGUGGAGCGCUCAAUAAGAAGGUCCAUGAAGUGGCCAACUAUCUGAAACAGAGGGGCAUCUAA